AUGAAAGACACGGGAGAUGAGACGGCGGGCUCAGACAUAGGGCUGCAUGGCCAGAAGCCUGCCUUGCAGGUCAUCUGUCUUGGCCACAGUGGAGGUCCAAGCGAAGAGAAUGUCACCAGUUUCCUCGUGCGAUCUGUGGGAAGCGAAUGGGCCAGAGGGUCGCUGCUAGCUGUUGACGCUGGCUCGCAUCUUGCGCCUAUAACGAGGAUACUGGAGCAGAGCUUCCCAAGAGUUAGUCGAAAUAGGAGUGGGACAGACUCGAACGGGAGCUAUGAAUCGAAUGGGAAUGGGGAUGUUUCGCCGACUUCGCCAGACGAGGAGACGCCGAAGCCAGAACCAAAGACACUCAGUGCGGGUCCAUUUGCUGGACUGAAGUUCCCCAACGAGUCGGCGCGAGCGAAUGCGCUCCAUGUCUUGCGAACGUAUGUCUCGACCUAUCUGAUCACUCAUCCACAUUUGGACCAUCUGUCGGGAUUCGCGAUCAAUACGGCUGCCUUUCACGCCACGUCUCGGCCAAAGACACUAGCUGCCUUACCGAGCACCGUCAAUGCGAUCAAGGAGCACAUCUUCAACGAUAUAAUAUGGCCGAACCUGACAGAUGAAGACGGUGGAGUGGGGUUUGUGACGUUUCAGCGUCUAAAAGAAGGAGGAGAUGUAAUGGUCGGUGAAGGUGAGGGAAGAGGCUACAUCGAUGUUUGCGACGGCUUGGGAGUGCGAGCAUUCAAGGUCUCGCAUGGAACUUGUACCAAAGGACCCCCGACCCACCAUCACAGAGGCAGCAUCGCUGGUAUCUCGGAUUCACAGCCACCUCCGUACAAUGGCUCGAUCCAAGGGACUUCACAAGACCUGAGCGCGACCAACAUGAAUCGCUCGCUGUCAAUAUCGCAGUUACACUCGACGCCAGGGACACCAGGCGGUCAACGACCGAGCUUUCACACCAACCAUGCUUCGCCGCUUGUCGCAUCGAGUGACCCCUGCGUUGUCGACAGUACCGCCUUCUUCCUUCGAGAUGAAUUCACACAGCGGGAAGUUCUCAUUUUUGGGGAUGUCGAGCCAGAUUCGAUUUCGCUAACCCCGCGAAACAAGAUCAUCUGGCAAGAGGCCGCAAGGAAGAUCGCACACGGCAUGCUAGGCGGUGUCUUCAUCGAGUGCAGCUACGAUGAUAGCCAAGCAGAUACUCUCCUGUUCGGCCACCUGAACCCGAGGCAUCUGAUAGCUGAGUUGCAAGAACUGGGAAGGCAAGUCGCGGAUGCAAAGGCGACACGAGAAGCUGAGAGGGCAACGAAGAAGAGGAAACGAUCUGGUCCCAAUGGGCUGGAUAACUUCACACGAAAUGCAGUCGCACUGCCAGAAAGCGAGCGCAAACGCAGUCGAAGUCUGGCGAACAGGACAGCCUUGGAAGACGAGCGACGGCGCAGCAGUGCUCCAGAGCACAACAUGCCUGGGUUAACGGUCCCGCCAACAUCAACACCGCCACCUGGAGACGUCAACAAUCUCUACGAAUUCCAUCCUGAUCUCGUACGAAUGGACGACCUAACAGCCUCACCGCGCACCGUGUCCUUCCCGCGAGAAGGAUCUGGCGGUAGCACAUCCACAACCCACCAAGGAAACACCAGCAAUCACACCAGCACGAACGAACUGCCUCUCAGCGGCCUUCGCGUAAUUAUAAUACACAUCAAAGACACGCUAAAGGAUGGACCGCACGUGAGCGAGAAUAUCCUCGCGCAGCUCAAUGAGUACGAAGCACGACUUCGAGAGGAAGGCAUGGGACUAGGCUGUGAGUUUGUGAUCUCCCAGAGCGGUGAGAGUUAUUGGUUUUGA